AUGGCGCGCAUGGCCGCGUGGAUGGCAUGGAGCCUGACGGCGGCGGCGGCGUCUGCGCAGUUCUUGCCACCAGGGACGACAGAUGUGCCCAUUCAGAGGCCAGGGGAUUGUGGACAAGUGGGACCUGCCACAUAUGUGUAUCGCAUGUCCAAGGUGGAACCCAAUGACUACUUUCCCAAGAUUUGUCCCAAACUUGGUGGGGCGUCCGUUCGCUUCAACAACCCGUGUGCAUGGGCACAUGGCCAAGCACAGAUGACUGCCGCGCACUUUACCAACAUGUGCAAGGGAGCCACAAGGAUGAUUCACUGGCACACCCAAGCUGAUGAGUGGGGUUUUGUAAGCAAAGGCCGCUUGAUGACCUUUGUCGCGAGCCCUGAUGGCUUACCAUGGCCCAGCUCAACCAAUAUUUUGUUGCCUCGUGGCGUUUGGUACUUCCCUUCGGGCUGGCUUCAUGGUCUGCUGUGUGUCACGCCGGAGGAAGAGGGUGGCUGUGAAUUCACCAUCAUUUUCGCUUCCCCCCAAGCUGCUGAGCCCAAUGGGCAUAACCUGGACACCACCUUGGCCCAGGCAGACAAUGAUGUUUCUGCAUCAGCGCUGGAUUUAUCCUUAGAAGUGUACGAGGCUUCCAGGCCUGCUUUUGGUAAAGCGAUACACUCAAUCCACUAUAGCAACACCAACAUGACAGCUCCAAUCGUGACCGCCGUGGCACCUGGAGAGUGUGAUCCCGAGUGUCCUCCCGUGCAAGAGACCGUGGGAGCACCUGCCGCGGUGCAGUCCAUCGUAGAACAACGGGUGAUCCUUCCUGCUACGGAAGGGGUGACUUUGUAUCGCAUUCGCACGGAUCAGUUCCCCUUCUCCCGGACCAUGUCGCAGGAGCGAGUUGAGUUGGCCCCUGGAGCGGUGCGUCCCGUUGUUUGGACCACGGCCGAUAGCUUGCUGAUGGUUGUGACUGGGACCGUGACGGUAUCCCUUGAGGGCGGCAUUUUGGGCAACGAGUCUCAUUUGGAGUUCGCCAACGAGACUUUACAUGCUGGGGAUGUGGCUUACUUCCCCAAUCAACGUGCCUACUGGUUCCGUGAAGCCACAGGAAAAAUACCCGCAGAGACCAUUAAUGUCUUCAAUGUGGGCAUUUGGAAGAGCAUCGAACUGCGCCAAGCGGUUUCUGAGAUGCCGCGUAUCGUGGUGAUGUCCAAUUUGCAUCAAGCGCACUUCCCAACGCACAUCCAACCUGGGGCACGUCGAGUGCUUUGCGCCACGAAUCGAGACUGUAUGGAGGCAACGGCAUUCCUGAACCCCAAUGGCAAUCUUGUGGCGGUCGUCCUGAAUCAGACCAAGCAUCACAGGGACCGCCUGCGCACCAUUGCUGCACCCAAAGAAGAGUCCAAUGCUGACUACAUGGCACAGCACUACAUCAACUGGUUGCACGAGAACGUGGGAAAGUCAGGGCCGACGCCUUCUGGACGCACCUUUGCCUUGGAUGAGGUUACAGAGGCUGAGCUUCGAGUCUUGCAAUUCUUCGAGGAGGAACUCAAGAAGAGCAAGAGCAAGAAGGAUUUGAAGAGGAAAAGGAGCCGAAGUGCCGAAGUCUCGGGAUGUUGGCUCUGUCCAGAUGUCCAGACAGUGGGCGCAGAAGAAUUGGAAGGUGCUUUGUUUGGUUCGGAUUCCGAAGAGCUUUCCGGUGAGGAAUCCGUGGACGAGGCACGGCAAGGUCAACCUUUAAAGGAAUGGGAUUUGGCGAAGCACGUGAUUGCCGAAGGGAGGAACAGACAGUCGGCUGGCGUCUCAGUUGGAAUGCCGCAAGGUGCCGAAGUUUGGGCUGACUUGGGGGAUGUGAACGAAACAGCUUUGGAGGAUGGAUAUCCCGUGCAGCAUUGGGAGGAGCUGACCCCUGAAGUGUUGCCAGGUUUGGAAGGCUUCAAUCGCUGGGAACCCUGCUGGGUUCAUGGGGAGAUGGGCGGAAAACUGCGCCACGUUUCGCCAUGUUUGUUCUCUAAGGCCGUGAGCUUCUUGAUGCACCCGAAGAGCCCCAUCAGUCGCUUGUUGGUGGACCACCCCACGGGCUCCGGUAAGACGCGCGAAAUGAUCAAGGCGCACACCGUGAAUUUGCACUUUCCAAACUCCUGCCACAUGGCUGAAGGCUAUCGCCCAUCCCUGGGCACUGCUGUGCUACCAGAGGAUUUUGUGGACUGGCCGUCUCUGAAGCAAAAGGCAUGGGAUUUUGUGGACGGCCCCUACGAGGGGGAAGAGUCGCUAAAGAACAUAUGUCCUGCUUGGUGGAAUGCGACCGGAUGCGAAUGCGACUGUGGCAACUGCAGCAUCCUCUUUGAGCAGUGUCCUGUGGGCUUUAUGCUCUUCAGGUCAUUGUCCUUGUUGUGCGGUACAAAGGACUCACGCAUUCGCGUGCAUGAACUGGCCAUUAACAAAUGGGGUCGCGGUUUGCUGGACCUCACCCAACUUCGUCUUGGCUUCGCUGAUAUCAUCGAGUCUGGUUGGCCGUUCUUUGGCAUCCUGGCGCGCAUCGGGGAUCAGUUGAGGCUCGAUGGCCUCUCAGAGGAAUCCGCCGCCCGCUUGCUGUCCAGCCGUGGUGCUUCACACACCCGCCUGGGUGGCAGCUUGGUUUGGGCGGCCCAGGCCAAGGGUUCGAGCAUGUGUGAGUCCCGUGGCUGGCGGGAAAACACCAAGUACCAGGAGGAGCUUGUGAAGGCCUUAGAAGAAGAUAGACCUGCGACAUUACAAGCAAGUGUCGACGCGGCAGGGGAUCAGGAAGCCUGCCCCUUGCAGCGUGGCGCUGCGCUGGCUGCCACAGCUGAUUGGCUCUUGCGCGAGGCAGAGCCUGCGACUGGCGAGGUUUCCCCGAUGUCCGCUGGGAUGUUGCGGGAAGUUGAACGCCUCUUUGGCGACGUGGAGAAGGAGUUGAAGUACUGGGCCAAGCUGGGCGGAGGGCCCUACUUCUUCGAAACCAUUGCUGUGAAUUGGCCUGUGUGGCGAAUGAUGAAUCGAGCAGGGCGAAGAUUGUUGUGGCACAUGUCCAUCGACUGCCCUUUAUCACCUGGACCAAGCCGCUGGUUUAGUCGUGAGUCCGUCGCAACAGCUCCGCCGGCCACAGUUUGUGCUGCCUGCCCUUGCCCAACCCAGGUGGAAUGGUCCGCAGAGGCUCGGUAUGUCAGAGAGUAUGUGGAACAGUUACAUGAAGCCUUGUUCCGGCAGGCAGCAUGUGACGAUCCUCGCCGUUUUUCCCAAGCGAGACACUUGGCCAUGGAUCCGCAGAGGACUUGGACCCAGCGCUGGGCGCUGAUGCAGGGCAACUCCCGUUGGCGUCAGCAACCGGCUGAGCCAUGGCUUCAGCGCGAUCACAGCCGCGAAGGCUUUGUCUCCGUGCUCUUUGCACAGAAUGCCAAAUUGGAUCAGGUGUUGUUGCACACUGAAGCCAUCCGAACCUUAGCUUACUCUGCUUGGAAGCAUUGCCUUCACAAACGUCCUUAUGUGGUGAUCACGGACGGCCCCCUCCCAGAGGUGGCGAGUGCCGCCUUGAAGGCGGAUGGGUUGUCCAUCAUCGAAGCCAAGGAUGAGUUGCAGGGAACUUAUGGUGCCAACAUGCGGGAGGAUUUGCAGCUGGACAGCUGGUGGAUGGAGCGUGGUGUUGCCCCUACCUCGAUCAAACUGGCAGUUUGGAACAUGACCCACUUCGAUCGCUUGUUGUUCCUGGACGCUGACACUCUGAUCUUAGGCCCUGUUGACGAGCUCUUUGAACUGGACACCUUUGCAUCUGGAUUGAACCCCUACUCCGUGCAUGGGAUGACCGAGAUCGAAAAAGGGCAGUUGAAAUACAGGAGCCACCCUGGCAUCAACACAGGAGUGAUGCUCCUUCAGCCCAGUUCAGAGGUCACAGCAGACAUGGCUGGAGAGAUGGCAUCAGGUCGCUUGGAUCGGUCCCCAAUUGCUGAGCACUUGGGACGCUCUGAUCAGCCUUGGCUGGACGCAUUUUGGCUCCAGAAAUCCCGACGUUUGGGCAUGACCAGGUUUGCACCGCGAGCUGAUGGAAGUUUAGCCUUUGAAGGUUGUGAUGUGAGGUUCAACGUUGACUGGGGAAACGCCCGUCGACGGAGGCGCCUCAGUGACUGCAGCCAGGGAAACACUCGCGGCCGUGCCACCACGCUUCGAGGCCCUGAACGUCCCUGGCCUCGCCAGCGGAAGUCGCAACGGAAGCCAAAACGGGCCCUGUUGCGACCUGUGAGUGCUGAACACGCACACUGCGUUCUGCCUGUGGAAUAUGACUUCUUCGCAGACUACAAGGCCAUCCGAAUGCACGUUUGGUCGGAGGCUCGGACCCGAGCAACCGCAGGGGCGAUACCUGCAGAUGAGAACAUCACAGACAUUGCUUGGGCCGUGAAACAAUAUGUGGAGGACCACGAUCACCUGCUUGGCGAUCGUGGGGUCAAGAUCCUUCAUUGGCCUGGAGAGUUGAGGAAGCCCUGGCACAGAUGGCACGAGGCAGUUCGGUCACCUUUCGAUGAAGAGUGGUGGAAGGCGCACGACGAGAUGUGCUUGGGGCUCCCGGAGGAAGCCAGUAGCAGAAGACUGGAUCUGGGCUGGUCUAGAGGACGUUUCGUAAUCAGUGAAGCUCCAGUGACGGCUCGCUCUUUCAGACAACUGGCGGAAAGGCAAAGCAUUCUGUUGAAACCACCAAUCCGUUAUCCUCACCGCGACUCAGAGAGAUAUGCCAAUUGGAUCAUUUCUGUCCUGGACAACUACUUUUUUGCCUGGCCCUUAGCUUCGAUGCAGACGGGACCGUCCUUCUUCACUCCGUAUCUUCUGGACCCGGUGUGCCGCAACUUUUAUGCGGAGCUUUUGCGCUGGCCCAACCGCUACCGGGACUACUUCUGCUGUGAACGUCCGGCAGAUGCGGCCAUUGCCUGUGGGAAGCCGGAGUGGAAAGGACAGCGGAACUAUUUGUGGGACCUCAGCGGUUUUCCCGAGGAGGAGGUUCGAAGACUCUGCUACUCCAUCCGAGAGGUCUUGGAGAUGAAGGGAAUGUUCUUCAUGGGUCGUGUUCGCCGCUCCCUACGAGCGGCAUUUCACAAAAAGAAUCCUGGCGAAUGUAUGCCUGCGGCACCGCUACGUGCGCUGGGCUAUACCUCUGCUGGUGGCUGUUUUGCCACGAUUGGCAAAAACGGAAAGCCUCUAAGCGCACUGAUGAAGAUCGGAUAUGCAUCAGGUGGAAAUGUGUACAGCAAUAAAAUUGUGUUGAUGGAUGAAGCCCAUAACUUGGUCAGAAGUCAGACCCAAUACGCUGAGCAGCUGCAGCGUUUGCGGCGCCUUCUGUUUGAAGCGGAUCGCCUGGUUCUCGCGGGCUUCACGGGAACGCCUAUCCUGUCAGAGCCAAAUGAGGGCCGGCAGCUGUUGGACAUCGUCAAAGGCGUCAAGGCACCCACUGGAGAUGAAGGAUUCCUGUCCUCGUUCCCCAUGCGGCCGCAACCGCUGUUCCCUGUGUCUCUGCCACGUGGCCUGCCCGACGGUGCCUUAACGAUCCCUCGGAAGAAGCAGUUGGUUCGACGAGUGGAGAUGAGAGGCGAAGCCCUGAAGGUCUACGACCUGAAACGCCGCCUGGGUCUGCCGGGACGUCGCUUGAGGGCCUAUUGCAAUGUCUGCAUUUUCCAUGCGGCUUUCCACGAUGGCCGUGCAGGAAGCAAGGGCCGUGUGCUGGCGUAUCCUGACGACUGUUGCCCCAAGUUGCUGCACAUUGCGCAAGCCGUGGUGGCAGAACCGCUGAAGUCCGUCAUUAUGAUAGGGCGCACCUCUGGCUUCGUGGUGAUGCUGGAACUCAUGAAACGCUUGGCGGAGAAGGCGGAUCCUCCGUUUCAAGUGGCCACCAUGAACGAGCUUUCGGAGUUCAACCACUGCUCCAACCUCCGUGGUGAAAAGUUUCGGGUCCUGGUGGCCGACUCUUUGCAGUGCUCGGAGGGCGUGAGUUUCUUAAGCGUGCGGAAGACCUUCUUGGCCGAUGUCCCGGUGUCGCCCAGUGGCUUCAUUCAGCAGUGUGGCCGAUCGAUCCGCAUGUACGGGCAUCGAGGUUUACCGGAUGAGGAGCAAACGGUGACCACCCAGCUUUACGUCACGAUGCUCCCAAAGUGGAUGCGCUCCUCUUCACUGGCAUGCUGGGCCCUGCGAGCUCAGAAGAAACACACCAGCGGAAAGGAAGUGGAGAAGAAGGCGCGGAUCCUCACGGCUCGCAUGAACCGCGCGGGCAUUGCCAGCCUGGAGGAGCUGAAGGCGCGGCUGGAUGCCCAUGGCGAGGCGAAGAUGAGAUCCUUGGGGAGGACGACGAAGGAAGGUUUGACAGUGGAGGAUGUGCUAACCUUUUUGGAGCAGAACGGCCUUUGGGAGGAAGCAAGGCUUCUCCGAAAUGCAGACAAGAAGGAGAAGGAGAAAGAGAAAGCGAACGACGAGACGCAGGACAUGCCAGAAACGCAGCUCUCUCGCAUGGAAAGUGGCGUCAGCGAGUCGCAACUAGCACGUGGAAACACUGCCGAUUCGCUCAAUCGCGGUGGCACCUUAGAAGAGGAUGACCUUCAGACAGCUUUGGCAUCCAUGUUGGAGGAGGUCCUGGAGAAGGACGAGGAGAUGGCCCUGGCCGGUGCUGGACCCGCUGCCGGCGAUGAGAAGCGCCAGGAGUUAGAGGCCUUGAAGGAAGAGCAGCGCGCCGAUGCGGAUGAGUUGGACGGAGAAGAGAAGAGCAAAGCACCGGCUCCGACUAAAGCUGCGCCCUUUCGGCGUCUCUCGUCCAAAGCCUUCAGCAUCUCCGGCUCGGAAGUGGCUGACAAAACUGCCAGCAAUCUAUCGGCUGCGGACAUGGUGGCCGCCUUGGGAGAAGUCCUCUCAGCGCUGCGGGCUGCCUGUCGCGACGCCGAGAAGAAACCAGAGAAGUCGCUGACUGGCGAGAAGACGGAGAAGUCCACUGGAGAAGACCUCCCUGACGCAGCCCCGCCAUCCGACCGUCCGGAUGCACCCAGCGAAAAGGGCACUGCUGGUGAUGUGGAAAUGGCUGCGGCGGAUGUGGCAAGUGAGCCUGCGGAUGGCAAAGGUGAAGCUGGCAAAGCUGCCGAAGUUGCGACUGCUCCACCUGCGGAAGCGCCACCUGCGGAAGUGCCCGCUGCAUCCGAGGCGGCACCCGAGGCAGUGCCUCCCGAGGCAGUGCCGCCCGAGGCAGUGCCGCCCGAGGCAGUGCCGCCCCAGCCAGUGCCGCCCGAGGCUGUGCCGCCCGAGGCAGUGCCGCCCGAGGCAGCGGCUGAUCCGGUGCCGGCUCCAGCGCCAGUGCCGGUGUUUGGGCAAGAACCAUGGUGUGGAAGCCCAGGGGUCUGGUGGGGAAAGGAGGAAGUGACCAGGCACAAGAGUAAACAAGAUCUUGAAGCACCAUUAUUUUGCCAAAAACUCUGUAUUGUAUCUGGAUGUUUCCGGAUGCGUGUUCCUCGUGGGAGGGAUGAGGCGAGAAAAUCCACGAAAGCGCAACGUAAAGGUGAGACAAAGGGCACUAUUUCUCAUUUGACAAAGGCAUUUUCUCGUCAUUGUUCUAUUAGGAUGAUUGAAUUGAACUGA